AUGACAACCCGGCGCGAUCGGAUCGCGAGCACGUCGUCUAGGCCUGCAUACAAUAGUUUUGUGUUUGCGUGCCCAUCCUCGACGAGUCCUAGUGUAUCCUCCCAAUACAGUACGCGGCCAACACAACGCACAAGCGCGGGGACCACCAAUGAUGCCGGAACACUUGCUCAGCUCUCCCUUCAACCACACCGGACGCCGCACAUACAUAUUGAACUCUUUUGCCGACCAACGAUGAUACUCUCCACGGCAUUGGGUCUCGGUUUGGGAUGGCCCCUGAGUCUGGUUGAGCCUUGGGGUAAAAAAGACAAUUUGACUCAGGUGUCUGAUUCUGACUCUGGUAAACAAGGAACAGGUGGCAAGCGCAUCGAAAUGGCCAUGGUCAUGCCCACGGUCACAAACUUUCUGACGCUUGCGUCUGGAAACAAUGGCUUUGCAACUAUCCUGAAUGGCAACAAACCAGGUUUCUAUUUUCUUUCUCAUCACGGUCUGGAUGUCUCGAUGGAAGCAAAGCACGUCCAUCCACGACACUAUCCAAUGGCUGAUCUGGGUCGAAACCGCGCUGCCGGCGCCGCUAUUCAUUUAGUCGCGCUCUCGGCCAGGCACCUGUGA